AUGCUCUUGGAACAGGGGCUCCUGCAGCUGCCUCGUCUCCUGAGAGACCAGGAAUCUCGUUCCCAAGAGCGGUGGCGGGCUGUUGAUCAGCGCCUACAACAGCAGUUUGAUGCCAUGGAGGCGCGUCUAGCCCUACGCCUAGAGAGUCUCAAAGGGGAUGUCGCAAAGGGCCUUGCACUGAAUGAACUUCUCCGCGAAGAUGUUGAACAGCUCCAGCGUGAGCAAACCGCCUGUCAUCAGCAUCAGCAGAGGUGUUCCGCACAUACGAUAAAAUGCUUCCGUUCUUGUGUUCCCAGGUACAUCCACAAUCACACCUUCCUGGUAGCAACACACAAGCAGCUGCUAGACGCAGUGAGCCACUUGGAACAGUCGUCUAGCCACCUCCAAGUGUCCUGCACGAGUACAGUGCAAGCUACGAGUGUGCAGCUACCCCUAGAUUGCUGGGAUGUGCUGCAAGAUGGCCACAACUCAUCGGGAGUCUAUCGUAUCCAGCCAUCUGGUUCUCCAGAAGCCAUCACGGUUUACUGCAACAUGGACAGUGAUGGUGGAGGGUGGACGGUCGUGCAACGAAGGUUCGAUGGAAGCACAGAUUUCCAGAGAAGUUGGACCGACUACAAGUAUGGGUUUGGCAACACAGCAUGUGAAUUUUGGCUAGGAAAUAACCAGAUCCAUCAUUUGACAUCUCAGAGGCUGUACCAAGUCAGGGUCGACCUAGAAGACUUUGAUGGACAACACACACAUGCCCUGUAUGCUUACUUUGCCAUAGGAAGUGAACGUGAGAAGUUUGCACUCAAGCUACUUGGUAAAUACGAAGGUGGAGAUGCAGGGGAUGGCCUGAGCGCGCAUGCUGCAAUGGCCUUCUCGACGUGGGAUGUCGACAAUGACCAGUGGGGUGACGGAAGCUGUGCCAGAGAACACGAGGGGGCAUGGUGGUACAACCAGUGCGGCAGCAGCAGCCUUAACGGGGACUACCUUCAGGGGCCUGGCCAGCUGCAACUCCAAGCACCUUACUGGCUUCCUUGGCCUUCUGUACUACGAAGCUCUUCAAUCAUGCUGCGGCCUGCACACGGAAAACUCAAUGGACCAGAGCAGAGUUCCAAGGCUGCUACAACGCAAACAGACUGAGUUUCAGUGAAAGUCUUAGACGAGAAGACAGGCGCUGACAAUUUGGAAGUUUGCUACCAUCAUCAUUGCCCCAUCAAAGGCCCCAUUCGCACAUAUAAAGUGUAGCCCAAGCUUUAUUCAAAUGUGCUUUACCUUUAAUAGGACAGUAACCAGAAAAAUUAUGCGAGCUGUAUUAGUAAAAUGCCCUUCUACAGCAACAAAAAAGCCACUCUUGCCAUUGAAAGAAGCUUGGUAAGCCAGAAAAUACAUGAGAACAAAGGACAGCUGGCGAUGCCACCUUUAAGUUCCCACACCAGCUCGCCAUCACAUUAUGGAUUUUGAUGAUGUCUGCUCAGGCUUACUUAAAAUUUUAAUGGUAAAGAUGGAUGAAAUUUAAUAAUAAAGGAGCGAACGGUGGCACUUAACAAGUUUCAGCAACAUUAACUAAGCCACAAUGGCCCAACUACAAAGAAAAUAUAUAUAUACUUUUAAAUGAACGACGUUACACUGAUGUACUACUGCUGGAGUUCUGGCACAAAAUAAAGAACAAAAAACUUUA